UCACGUUUGGGCCGGACCGCACCAGCCUGAGGCCCAUUAACGAUGCAAUUUGCUGGGCCUCCAUUUUUUUUUCCCGUGCCUCCAUCCUCUUCUGUCUUCUCCGUCGGCGGGGAGAAGUGAAAUGUCGUGGAGAUGGGCGGCGGCGGCGAGAAAGCUCGCCGGAAUGCCCCAGUUGCGCACUCCAGGAGCCUUUACCGGCGGUCUUCUCUACCGCUCGUUCGGAAGCGACUCCAUCGGAAGCCGCAAGAGCUCGCUACCACGGAGGGUCCUGUCGAUCGGGGCCAUCAGCCUUGCUGGCGGGCUCGUGCUCAGCGCCGUCAACGACCUCGCCAUCUUCAAUGGAUGCACAACUAAGGCAAUCGAGCAUGCUGCUGACAACCCUGCGGUUGUGGAAGCAAUUGGAGCGCCGAUAGUCAGAGGACCGUGGUACGAGUCUUCUCUUAUGGUGGGCCAUCGACGGAGAUCUGUGUCAUGCACAUUCCCCGUAUCUGGGCCACAUGGAUCAGGAUUUCUCCAGAUUAAGGCAACCCGAAAUGGAGAGGAUGGUCUGCUUUCGUUUCUGCGGCAUCACGACUGGGAGAUCCUUAUGCUGGAGGCUCAUCUUCAUGUACCUUCAGAUGAUGAGGAGCAGAAAAGGCUGGUUAAGGUGAAUCUUGCUAGUGAUGGCCGUGGGGAAGAUGGGGAUCCAGAGAGUGAGUGUUAAGCUGCCAUAUUCUCAAAUCUGCACCUGUGGUUGGCUGGUUGAUCUUGGUAUGUACUGUAUUCCAUGGAGGGCGGGUGAUUGUGUCAUCUGAAUGGAUUCCAAAUAUUAAUAGGGUGUUUGGUUUGAGGUAUAAGUUAGUCCAUCGUCUCACUCCUCACUUUUUUGUUUUGUUUGUAGAAUAGAUGAUGCAUCCUCGCCUCAUUUCACAGGCUAAUAUUUAACACUAGUGUGAGAAUUGGAGUCAUUCCAUCAAAUUUGAGGAAUAGACUUGUGAUGAAAUAGAGAUCAAGAGAAGCAGUUGUUUU